AUGUGGGACAAUCUAAAUGACCAACUUUUUAAAAAACGUCGUGGCGACAAAGAUGCCGAAGAAGAUGGGUGUCAACAGCAAGGCGGAGGUCGCCCAAAUCCCGAAAAAGUGCCGCCGAGGCAAAGCAGAAGGAUCGCAAGAUUCGGGAGAAGCGGUGUCUUUGGCUCAAACAGCUAUGAUGAACUUAUUGGCUCUUUGGAAGGAAAUGAAGGCUUUGGACGAGCGGAUUACUUCCUCGUUGGCAAAGACUUUCCUAGUUACGUUGAAUGCCAACAAAAAGUCGACGAGGCAUACCGAGACCAGAAAGUUCGUUCAAGUUUAGCAGCGAUCGGACGAUCCACGAAUAUGCCAAAGACAAAUGGAACAUUAAGCAAGUCGAACUUCCAUGAGCCUUGACCAGACUACCUUAUCAAGUCUUUUGAAUGUAUUUUCUACUUCCUAAGUUUCUAGUGUAUCCAGGUAAAUAAGGAAAUCAUGUAAUGAUGCAAUACAGUUAAUGCAAGAAAUAAGAUUCAAGGAAUCUA